GGAGGAGGACGGUGCACUUUGUCCGCAGUAGCAUCCUUCCCUGUCAGCGCCCGAGCCCGGGUCCCGGCGCUGCCCGAAUCUCAGGUGCGGCUGUUUGCAGCGCUGUCACGUCGCCCCCAGGCUGGCCAAGCAACCGGACUGCGCUACCAGAUAGAAAAUGGUCUGCUUAGAACCACAGUGACAGUACAAUCUAAAGCCCUGAAGAGUGCCAUAUCAUUCCAUACGGAUUCUCUUUUACAUUGCACAGAUAUUCUUUUGGUGUUUUGUGAAUUUACUCUUCAGCGAUUGCAUACUGCAGUGGUACAAUUAUGGCGGCUUUCCAGCCUUUCAGGAGCAGUCACAUAAAGAACAAAGCAUCUGUCCGGAAAAGCUUCAGUGAAGAUGUGUUCCAGUCUGUAAAGUCUUUAUUACAAAGUGAGAAGGAGCUAUGCAGUGUAUCCGGAGGAGAGUGUUUAAACCAGGAUGAACACGCCCAUUUCACUGAGGUCACAUUUCUGGGCUUUAAUGAAGAAACAGAUGCUGCUCAUAUACAGGAUCUAGCGGCAGUUUCACUGGAACUUCCAGACCUUCUGAAUUCACUCCAUUUCUGCAGUCUAAGUGAAAAUGAAAUCAUUUGUAUGAAGGAUGUCAGUAAAUCGUCAGCUGUAAGCAGUAGUCCUCUAAAUCAGAGUCAUCAUCCUGGAAUGCUUUGUGUCAUGAGAGUGUCUCCUAAAUUACCAGGACUCAGAAUUGAUUUCAUCUUUAGUCUCCUGAGUAAAUAUGCUGCUGGCAUAAGACACACCCUGGACACACACUUGCAUCAGAAGCACCAUCUUGAGACCGCUGAUGAAGAUGAUGAUGAUGAUACGAACCAGUCUGUGUCUUCCAUAGAGGAUGACUUUGUCACUGCUUUUGAGCAGUUAGAGGAGGAGGAGAGUGCAAAGCUAUAUAAUGAUGAAAUAAAUUUUGCUACACUAAGGAGCCACUGUGAUGCUGCCUCUCAAACUACUUCUGGUCACCAUUUAGAAACCCAUGAUUUUAAAGUGCUGGUCAGUUAUGGACCACAGAGGUCAUUGGCUAAGCCUUCGUCUUCAGCACAUGUUCCAGGACACAAAGAAGCAUCUUCUGUGAAAACAUCGGUUACAACAUCAAUUUCAGAGCCUUGGACACAAAGAAGUCUCUACAGGUCACCCAGUGCUUCAGAUAAAGGCAGGGACACACAGCAGAUAAUCCUUCCUCCUUCGCCUGCCAACUCCUCGGAGUCUGAGUGCUCCAGCCCAAGUCCUGUAAUUUUUUUGGAUGAAGAGGGAUACCAAAAAAGUUUAAAAGCAAAACUUGAGCUGCCAGAAAUCCCUGUGACAAAAGAUGAUAUAGAGGAUUCAGACUCAGAAGUGAGCGAAUUUUUUGAUAGCUUUGAUCAAUUUGAUGAACUAGAGCAAACUUUAGAGACUUCUUGUCCAUUUAUGAAAGAUCCUGGCAUGGGGAAGCCAUCACAGAAGAUAGGGCAUAGACAUGAGAAAUCUUGUAUGAAUCCUCAGAAAUUCAAGUUUGAGUGUCCAGCUCUUCCAGCUAAUGUUAGAAAGCCAACUCCACGAAAACCUGAGUCUCCAUUUGGUCACCUGUGUGAUGCUCCAGAUUCCCCUCGUCCAGUGAUGGCGUCAGAAGACAGUGGCUUGUUUAGCCCUAUUCGAGCCUCUGCUUUUAGCCCUCCUGGAACCUGUACUCCUGCUGAAUGUUUUUGCCAAAUGGAUACUGGUAGAGAUAGGAUUCAUGAAAAUCAGGAUCCUUUUUAUUGUACUUAUGAAGAUUAUGCAAAUAAUCUUUCAUGUGAAGUACUAGGCUCAGUUCUUCAUACUCAGUGUGCAAAUGCAGUAUCAGAUAUUAAUAGUAUUAAAAGGGAAGAAAAUUAUACUGUAGCUUUUAAGCCUGUGAGUUCUGAUCAAAAAAGUAAUUGUAAAAAUAAAUCUUCAAUGAUUACAGACAGCGUUCAGAAGUUUGCAGCAGAUCUUGUAGGAAAAAGCUUUGGCAGUGCAUUUAAAGACUUACAGAAAGGAGUUUCUUCAUGUACCAAUGCAUUGUGCCACUUGGCUGUUAAAUUGACAUCAUCUGUUUUUCAAAUGGCAUUUAAUGAACUUAGAAGGCAGUGUGCAUUUUCACUGAAAGAACGAGCCAUUGGUAGCCUGGCUAGUUUUUUGGUGAGUGAAGCCUUAUCAAAUGCCUUGAAAGAUUUGCAGUACGUGAAAAAGCAGAUGUUUACAAACACAGUUGCUAGGUUUGCCGCAGACCUUGCAGAAGAGCUUGUUUUUGAAGGCAUCAUGGAGGUGUGUCAGUUUUCAUGUCCUCCGACACCUGCAUCUCAACAGUGUCCGUCAUUUGACUUUGAAGACAAAGCCGUGAAGUCUUAUGCCAAAGAUUUGUCUGAAUCUGUAAUACAAGAAGCCUUCAUAGAACUGUCACAGACAGACAUGACCUUUACAACGAAGGCAGCAGUUAAUGUUUCUAUGGGUAAUGUCAAGUGUGUGAGUGCAGAAAGUGUAGUGCCGCCUACACAGACUGUCACAUUUUCCUCAUCCCUUAGCCCUCAAGCAGUUAUGAUGACAAAACCAGUACAGGAACAUAAGAAGGAAUACACGGUGCAGCAGGCCUUGUUUUGUACUUCAGGAAUUGUCACUUCUAUACCAGUACCCUUGGCAGGUAGUGCCCUUCUCCCAUAUCAUAUUUCAUCUACUUUGUAUCAGUCCAAAUCUCAUCUCUUAUCAGAGGAUAGUAAAGCAAAUGGUGGUUCUACCCAAGAGCACAUCACCACAGAAAACAGUGAAGAUGAAGUGGAUUGUCUCAGAAAUACCCUUCUACCUUCAGAACUUAACCCAUGUAACCAGAAAGACUUCAAGCCAACCAACGGUGACACUGACAUACAGAGUCCUUCAGAAUUAACUAGUGGCCCUGUGAUUAUUAGCAACUUUUCUGCAGGAAUGGUACAUACAAUAGUCAGUGAGUCCUUAGAGUCCAUAACAACUUUCAAAGCUACAAAACCUGCUGAUGCACAUGCAAAUUAUGUAACUAAAGCAAGGGGAAAAGCCUGUCCUCUUUCCCUUUGUGACCAAGCAGAACCACAACAGAGCAAAGCUAGCAAUAAGGACAUGUUUGCUGAGCAGUUAUCAAAGUCUAUUAUUAAACAUUCCCUGGAUAAAAGCAAAUCAAUGCUUCCAAAUAUAGGUAACAAAACAGUUAGUAAGGAACGCAUGCCUGUUCUUGGGGAAGAAUCACAGUUAAUCUUGGAGGAAUCUCCCAGUGACUUUCCAGAUCACUUACCUCACGGUUCACUCUUGGUCGGAAACCAUUGUGUUCCAGAAUGUAAAGAUUCUGUGGGCUUUGGAUUUUCUUUAGAGACACUGCCACCUUGUCCAAUGAUGACAGGUCAGAAAUCUGACUUGAAGGAACUUGUGAAGGAUAAGCCAGUGAACAGGCAUAAUUUAAAUAACGCUGCACUUGAGCCCUUGUCUUUUGGACAAGAAAACUCUUUCCGUCACUCACAUGCUUUGUCAUCUGCAGUGCUUACUUGUGUGGAUGGUUUGCAUGUAGAAGAUAAACAGAAAAUCAGAGACAGAAAUGUAAUACCUGAUACCCCGCCAUCAACUCCUUUAGUACCAUCUCAGACUAGUUCAGAAUGGGACAUCAAAAAGUUAACCAAAAAGCUCAAGGGGGAGUUAGCCAAAGAAUUUGCACCUGCAACACCACCUUCUACCCCUCACAACUCCUCUCUUGGUAGUUUGUCUGAGAAUGAACAGAAUACUAUAGAAAAAGAAGAGUUCAUGUUGAAACUCAUGCGAUCUCUUUCAGAAGAAGUUGAGAGCAGUGAAGGUGAAGAGCACCCAGAAAUGGAUGUGAAGUCAGAGUACUCAGGGAAGAAAGUUCAGUUUGCAGAAGUAUUAGCUACACAAAUCAUUUCUCUUGCAACUGAAAUGGCAGCCUCUCAUUUAGAUCUUGAAAGCGCUCAAGAAUCCAGGGUUCAAAACCCUCACUUAAAUGUGCAGACUCAAAGAAGUGUGCUAUGUACUUCUUUAAAUCAUUCAGAUGAAAACAUAUCGGCAUGCAGUUUUGCAAGUGAUAUGGUAGCUGAUGUCAUUGCAGAAGCCACGAAAAUUGCAAAAACUAAAAGUUGUACGCUUUUCAGGCAGGAGAGGAACAGUUGUCAUGUUGAUGUUGACCGAGGUAAAGGAGAGAAGCUGAAUGUGGAGAAUGUUGCAUACCCGGGAGAAGUAGAUCAGUUUGUUCUUUCCUUACCAAGUUGUACACCAGGUCUGACAUACAGGUACCCCAGUUGUGAAAGUGUGACUGAUGAAUACGCAGGUCAUGUUAUCCAAGUGCUUAAACAGGAAGGUGGCAAUGAUGAGCUAAUCAUGGACCAGUAUGCCAGUAGACUGGCUUAUCGAUCUGUCAAGUCAGGAGUGCAAGAAGCAGCUAAGACAGUAAAAAUGAAGUGCAGUUCAAAAAUGUUUUCACUGCACAAUUCUCAUGUGAAAAUAAACAAGGAACUGUUGAUGUCCUCAAAUAAAGAGCAUCAUCAGGAAGUAGAUAAAAAAAGACAAAGAAAAAGAAAUGGCAGCCAUCUUUGCAAAUACCAACCAUGUGAACGGACACAGGAUCCAUGUAGAAAUGAACUUUCUGAACUACACAGUUUUUCAGCUUCUCUUGCUAACAUCAUAACAAGAGAUGUGAAGAAACAGCUAACAGCACCUACAGUUGACUUACCACAAUCCUUAACAGAAUCUUGUCUUUUUGAAAAAUCUGGAUGUAUUGACAAGGGUGAGAGUAUUGUGGAACCAGAAUUUUCGAAGUCUCAUCGACCAUUGCAAAACCAUGAAUUCUGCCAGAAUACAGGCAGUUUAAGUGGACAUAGUCAUGGGGAGAAUAUUCAAGCUGUAGAACAGUAUGCUAGAAAAAUAGUGGAUGACACUUUAGAGUUAAGUUUAGGACCUACAGUUUCCCACAUUCCAGAGACCACAGCAUCGGCAGAUAGAAUUACUUAUGCAGAAAAAUUGUCACCACUGUUGAAUGGAGCUUGUAGAUACUGUGACCUUAAGGAACGUCAUGGUUGUGCAAGAAGUCCCUCUCAGCCCCCUUUAAAGCAGAGUGUGUGUGCAAGUGCUAAGUCAGGCUCACAUUCGAAACUUAGUAGCAUCCAUCUGAAAUCGAGAGUCUUUCAUCUUGAUGUGCCUCAGAUUCAUGUUAAUCUUGAUAAAAGGGCAGUGCUUGCAGAGAAGAUAGUUGCUGAAGCUAUUGAAAAAGCAGAAAGAGAGCUGAGCAAUACCAGCCUGGCAGCUGAUAGUGGCAUUGGACAAGAUGGCAUUAGCUUUGCUGAGAGUCUUACCACAGAAAUCAUGACAUCAGCUGUGACAGAUGCGGAGCAUGUUGGUAGCAGUUCAAAAGAAAUGGAAGAUUUUCCAUCAACGGAGUCAUUUGGCAGCCAACAACUGAAUCUCAGUGUUGGUGAGGACAGUACUGGUAGCUGGUCCAACUUAAGUUUUGAGGAUGACCAUCAAGAUGAAAGCAGCAGUUUUCACCAUCUCAGUGAAAGCAGUAAUGGUAACAGCAGUAGCUGGAGCAGUCUUGGUUUAGAAGGAGAUUUGUAUGAGGACAAUUUAUCCUUUCCAACAUCAGACAGUGAUGGACCAGAUGAUGGAGAUGACGGUCAGGAGGAUGGUGUGGAAGAUAUGCAACAGAAUGGAAAGACUAUGCUAAUCAUGAACAUUGACCUGGAACCAGGAGCAGUAGAUCCGCAGCUAAGGAUUAUUCUGCAGUGGCUUGUUGCCUCUGAAGCUGAAGUUGAAGAACUUUAUUUUCAUGACUCUUCAAAGAAGGAAUUUAUAUUACUUUCGAAACAGUUGAAAGAGAAAGGAUGGAGAGUGGGAGAUGUCCUGCAGGCCGUGUUUAAAUACUACGAAGUGCUGGAAAGAGCUUCAAGUGAGGAACGAUGCAAGUCGCUGUUCGAUUGGCUUUUGGAAAAUGCCUAAGGCAAACUCCAGACAGUAUAUUUUAUUGUUUUAGGAAGUAAAGAAACUGAUGUUUAGUAUAUUUAGAAUAAAAUUAAAAUGCAGAAUAUUAACAUUUUAAUUGAAUUGAGAGGAAAGUAAGAAGCCUUUUAAAUGCUUUCUGUCAUCACACUGUAUAUAGUUCAUACUUUUGUAAUCUUUGUCAGAAUAUUCUCUUUACUUAUUCUUCUGUACAUGUCGUUGUGUUGUGAUGCUGAGAAAUGUCUGUGAAGGAGGAUCUAAUCCUGAGGCUGGUGGCGUUGCCCGAUAGCCUUUGUUUGGAUCUACUUAGUGCUGCUGCAAACAGGGCUGAGGUGGCUGGCCUGGCCCAAGUGAUGAUUUUGCUCCUUUAGAAGCAAGUGGCAUCUGACGAUAAUUUAUCUGACAUCAAGGAAGAAAUCAGAGGCUGACAUUUUGUUGUGUUUAUUUCUGAUAAGUUUGUAAUCUUUAUGUACUGUUCUGUCAGAUCAGUUUUAUUUCCAUAGUUCAGCUAUUGGUACUUCUAGAUUUCCUCAGACACUUAAUUCGUUAGCAUACACAUAGUGAUUUAGAAUUCUGUGAACACUGUGAGUGAGUUUCCUUAGCCUUCCAUCAAGUGACGUUAUUUGCUACUGCUGUCAAUCAUCCUGGAAUGAGAAGGAAAGGGGAGAGGGGGAGAGGUGUUAUGAGAGCUGUGCAAGAAUAAACUUUAACCUCUCCACUAGUUUAUUUUCUUUCACUUUAGUGUUUUCUCAGUUAGAAACCCUCUGUUAACAUUAAAUAAAAUGUCUAAAUAUUGUCUGUAAGAAUUUUGUCUUUUUGAUUUAUUCAACAAAUGAAAAUUCAGGUUGUAAAACACAUUGAAAUUUUAAUAAUUAAUGUGGAAAUAUACUCAGAGAAGCCUAAUAAUGAUCUUCAGUUUUGGGUUUUUGAAGAAGACCAAAAAAUCCGUACUUCCCCAAGAAUAAUUUUCUUUUAGCAUAGUAGGUACCCUCCCUGCACAGCGGACCUAACUGUUUUGUGAUGUUCCCUCACAUUGUCUUUGGCCUCCACAUUCCCUACUGUGAUCUGAGGAAAAGCAAGUUGAUGUGAGUGAGAUGACCCAGGCUCCGUCUCAGGUUGUCUGUGAUGUGCAGAUGUUGGUUUUUCUCUCUUAAUGCCUGCCCUCCCCAAGCUCUGACUUUCCUAGAAGCUGCGAUGAAUAGGAGACAGCACCUACGAAGUACUUAGAUGGACCUGAACUAAUAAUUAUGGUGGAGAGAUGUAUUGUGCAGAAAAAGCCUCACCUUUGCUUUACCUCCAGAACUACAUUAUAAACUCUAGUUUUUCUCAGUUUAACAUAGAAACACAAGGCCAACAUUAAACAUACAGUUUUCUAUGUUUUCUCAAAUAUUUUUCAGUUUUGGGAAGUGCAGAGAAAUAUAUCCAGGUGUGCUUUUGUGCAGUUGUGGGCUUAUACUGUACUUGUACAAGGAACUAUCACACUGCACUUAUGUAAUUUGGGUGUUUGUAUUGGUUAGAUUAACAGCAAAACUGAGUUCUAAAUUUCUUUGAAGUGGAAAUGGCUAUAUAUUGGUUUUAUAAAACAGAAACUGCUUUAGGCUUGUUUAUGUUAAUGGUAUAAUCAUUUGAGACAAGCUUCCCCUUAUAGUCCUGUUUCUUUGGCAUUUUGGUGAAGCUGCUCUAUGCCCAGUGUUCUUUCUUUAAAUGCUACCUGCUGCUGACAACAGUCAGAGGUAUUGGCCUGAGUCGUAACAUGAAUAGUGGGACUCACAUUGUGUCUGUUCUGUGCAGGAACACGGAGAAUGGUAGAAGUAUUGGCAGGGCGAGCAGAAGUGUGGGUUGUUUCCCUACAGAAAGUGUUUGCAUGUCGAGCAGUGCCAUGGACCAGGUGCAGUGUAAAGCAGGCUGUUGUGAAGCAUUCCGUGGUUUCCCAGACUUGCUCCAUCCGCUUGCGGGUUCAGUCUUCGGAGCACCUCUGUUGGGGCAGCUCCAUCGCACAGAUCUCUUGACAUAUUUGUAAUGGAGCAUUGUAUACUGCCAUUAUGUACACUUUGCUCCUAAUGAAAUACAUUUUACUGGAAAAUGUUAAACUUGUGAUGUGCAGUGAGCUGAUUCUUGGUUUGCCAAUUUUAAAGGCUUGUUGUGAUGGACAGAAAGAAAGUAAGAGACCCCUGCUGAGGAGCUUCUGGACCGGUCUCACACUGAAUUAGCAAGCGCAUUUGUUUGUGUCCAUUUUUGCCUAAGUUGACUUUAAAUGACAUUUGUAUUUUAUAUGCUAUUAAUGUUGAUUUUGUAAAGUAUCUCCUGAGAAAUGUCACCAGAGAACCACAGAAGACAUGGCAAUAGAGAUGGGCUGGCUCUUUGUGAUGUAAAGCUGACUUCACAGCAGCCUUCAGUGACCACAUAUAGUGUCUUUGUACUUUGAGAAAUGCUUAAUUUAUCCCUGAAGAUGUUUAAUGUGAAUUAAUUCAGUUCUUACUGCUAUAAUUCUGCUUAGCAAAGGGUUUCUGUUGCUGGUAUGGAGGUUUAUGUAUUAAAUGCGCUGUGUAGAGAGUACAGAUACUUGACCCAUUUCACAGCCGGCAGCUUUGACAGUGGUGGUACAUGUUCUCCAUCGUUGAAUCCGGAGCCAUGCGACUGCCUGCUAUUCUCCACAACUACUAUCACCAGUUUCUAAUCAGUGUAUUAUUUUGUAAUUUUUCAGAGAAAUCUUUACACAGAGUUUAAAUAUGUUGAGUCUACACAUGGGUAGGGAAAAUGCUUUCCAUUUAAAACCCUGUCUGCCUGUCACCAGCACUCAAGAAGGAGAGAGUGUCUGAGAAUUGGAAGGGCCGUACUCAAGCGAAGUGCGCUUUUCUCAUUGUCAGCACAGCCCUGUAGGCAUCUCUUGUUUACUGUGCGCCUGCUCUGCACAGGCAGGCGCGGUGCUGGUCACUCCUGCCACUUUAUUUAUUUAUUUUGACCAUCUGUACAUUCCUUCCAUGUAGUUAGUGCUGUUAUUCUUCAAGUUCUUACUUCAGUUUGCUGUACGGUUUGAACACUAUUUAAUGCCAGGCUUAUAUGUUGCUGAAUUCUUGCUGCCUUUGGUUACUUGUGCCGUGUUCAAAGUAAUCCGCAUUCUUGUUCAGUUACUGAAUAUUUAGUAGAAGCGACUUUGAAUAAUUGUGGCCAUUUGUUUGGGUUUGCUCAAUUAGUGCGUUAAGGUCUUAUAAUGUGUAAUAGUAACUCUUCUUUUUGCUCUUGAGUAAUUUAAUGUUCAUUUACCAAAAUAGGAACUUCGAGAUGCAUUUGAGUUUUGUUUUAACAGUGGCUCAGAAAAUGUUUCAGAAAUUACGUUUGUAAUAAUUUGCAAUUAAUUGUUCUUUUCACUUCACUCUGUUCAAGCCUGUGAUCUUUCCUCUUCCAGCUAAGAAUUAUUCAAUAAACUUAAGAAAUGUCAA